AUGCUGGAAUUGCGGGUGAGGUGGCUCAACAAGGUAAGGUCGUCUCCAAAGGACUCGCAGGUGGAUGCAUGGCUCACGGAAUGGGAAAAUCUAUACACAGAAGCCGUCGGCGCUCAAGUCCCUGAUACCACCAAUCCCCGUGUGGCAGUAUAUGACUUCCUCUGCGCCGCCCGUCCGCUAGAUGGGAAUUUCUAUUUCUAUACCUACCAGGAAGUCUUCAAGGAGACAAAGGAGGAUAAGGAUGUCUCAUUCACCAGCGUGAUCAACGCUUUCCGCCAGCUCCGCGCGACGUCGCAGAAGAAAAGGAGUGGAAAAGGAUCCGCAGUGGGGUUCGCCACCUUGGAUGGCCAGAAAGAAGCUGGAUCAACACCAGCGCAGUCAGCCCGGCAGAAAUCUUCCAAACAGCUCCCGGACUGUGUCUUUGUAUCCGCACGGCCAUCUGGAUGGAGACCAGAUCCUGCUAUCGAAAUCCCAGAAACCAUCGGAAAGCUUAGUCCGUUCACCAAAGCAAAGGCGGAAAAGCUCUACAAAGAGGUGUAUUCGAAAAACAGCGUGAACUUUGCCAACGUGGAUUCAGGCGACGACACUGGACUCGAUUUUUCACGUAUGCAGUCUGACCGUGCGAGUGAGGAUACGCUCAAUCAGAACAUUCCUCGGCCAGUCCCCUACGCUUUCUUCACGCACAACGCCGAGAAUCCACUCAAAAGCGCCUGGCUAAUCGACUCCGCAGCCAACCGUCAUCGCAAACAUCCAGGUUGGAGACACCAAGACAGGCGUUACGGACUAGGAACAGUGAAAAUCUGGGGCAGAAAACCAGAAACGGACCGUAAAGUCCCACUGACGGUCGAAAACGUUCGUUAUUCACCAGGAUCUAACACCAGCUUGUUAUCCGUGGGCUUGAUGAAGAAGAAAGGCGUAAUUUGGGAUACACAAAAGGAGGCUAUCGUGACCGUAUCUGGAAGACUGGUAGCCAGAGUAAAGGAAUGGGACGGGCUAUUCAUGCUAGAUCAGGCUCAAUUCUCAUCGCCAGCAGCAUUUAGCACCCACCCACGGCGUUCGGCCUUACCUCUCACAUCCAAAGCCACCCCAAAACGCUGGCAUCAGCGUCUGGUCCAUAUGUACGAGCAAAGGGUCGAAAAACUCGCUGAAAUGGCGGACGGUAUUGAGCUCACAGCGGAGACGCGCACGGAAGAGGACCCCAAGCAUUGCGAGACGUGCCAACUGAAAAAAGCUACUCGUCAAGUCUCCCGACGAGCCCAAGCACCGGUAUAUGGGGCUCUUGGACGAGUUCGUUUCGAUCUCAUGCAAAUCAAGGAAGGGUUCAAUGGUGAUCGAUGGAUCACUCACUUCUAUCUCGAUGGUAUCCGGUAUCAUCAUGUGGAAACGCACCCAAAGAAGAACGGCUGCCAGGAUGCAGUACGGAGAUUCGUUGCCACCCUUCGUAACUGGUUCAACUUUCCAAUCCGGGCUUUCCACUAUGAUAACGAACGUUCAGCGGGUAAUACCGUACAGCAGUACCUCGAAGACUGCGGAUUUGUCAUCAUACACAGUCUGGUAGGCACGCCCGAGAUGAAUAGCUACGCGGAGCGAUCUGGGGGGGUGAUUAUCUUAGCUUCACGAUCACUGCUUCAGGACUCCCACCUUCCACGGUCUCUCUGGCCCGAAGCUGUACACGCAGCGGUAUAUAUACUAAACAGAUCGCCCACAAAGCUACCAAACCGACGCUGGAUCAUUCCGCAGCAGGAGUUCCACCGCCUAGGGACAGGCAUCCAGAUCCCUAUCAACCUCUCUAAUCUUCGUAUCUACGGUUGUCGUACGUACGUACGCAUCCAGGGCAUUCCUCAGUCCGAUAAAAUGCGUCCACGAGCUGAAAUUGGCUAUCUCACUGGCUAUAAAACCACGAAUGCCUGGCGUGUGUGGUUCCCAGGCUUCACAUGGUAA